AUGCGACGGCCCACAGCUUGGGGGCGAGGUCGCUUCUGCAACCAGUCAUAUGGACCGCCGAGGCAGGGCAGUGUGGCUCCUAACGAGCGAGUCUUGGUAGGAUUUGAUGGUCGCCUGGGUCUGGUCGUGCUAGUCUCCACUGUAAGGAUUCUGUGGCACCUUGGUGCUCGCAACGCGGCCCGCUCCCCUCCAUCAUUGACUUUAUGCAUUGCGCCCGAAAAGGUUCAUGAAUGCAGGAGUGUUAACGUGGAUAAAGCUAACCUUUUCUUAACUAGCAUAAAGGUUUAA